CGCCAAAUGCCACGUCGACGGAGGAUUUGGACAUUAAAAAAAACUCUACAGGAGGUCUGACUGCGAAAGUAUGAAACAAUUAGCGGCGGUCGUAAACAAGUCGUCGGUAACCAACAUCGCCGUUCGAUACCCAGCAUGGCCAUGGCGGAACUGGAAAGAGUUUCUUGGAGAUCAUUUAAAGGCGCUAGCUGGAAUAAGGAAGUACCAGUACUUCAAAUUUUGCGUCGAUGAACCUGGCUUAGUAACUGUAAGAGCCGCCGGAGACGCGACAGCCAUGACAGUAUGCAUCUUGAAGGAUUCUGCAUUCCGGUUCCGGGAUGCUGGUAGACCUGGUAUCGUUCACGCUGCCGGGUUGAACAAGGCCAGACAACACUACCUGCAUAAAACUGUUCGACCCUACGUUCGUCCUGCGUUUCAGGACCGUUUGUGUCCAGAGCCACAAGAAGAUUAACUUAAGAAAAAUAUAUUUGACAUACACUAUGUUUAACAGCGGUGUAUGAUAACAACCUGUGUGUUUCAUUGUAGUGUUGUCUAGGUUAAGCUUCCUAUCCAUGCUGUUCGACCGUUGCUUGGCAACGAUAUUGAAUUAUUGUUCUUUUAUUUAUUUUU